AGUCGACGCGUGGCUGGGGGAUUUUUCCUCGCACGGUGCGGCGACUUCAUUGCCUCUCUCUCCCGAAAAGGGGGUUGACUCUCUUCCAGCCUGGACACUCACUGUACACCGCGCCAUGUCGUAUUCGAUAGACGACCCCUGGUCGGCGACGUCACCAAACCGGCACCAGCAGGGUGCCUCCUCCUCUUCCAACUACCCGAGGCCGUUGACGUGGGCGCCCUCGUCCUCGGUCAGGAACGGCGCCGCGGACGCGCCAUCGUCUGCAUCGUCGGAUCAGGACGGCGCGGGCAGCGCGUCCUAUUUCACCCUUCGCCUCCCGCCCGCCUAUCAGGACGUGUGGAACCGAGCGAGCGCCGAGGACCAAGACGACGGAGAGGCAAUCGAUGAACUGUCGCUCUCGCAGCUGCGCAGAGUCGUUGGUGCAGCUCGCGGACUGAGCGCUGGCGACGUAGAGGAGAUUAUCAACCACUCUUCCCCGCCCUCGUCUAGCAACAUCACCAGACACGCCUUUGCCCUCGCGCUCGUCCUUGUCGCGCAGCACCAGCAGGGCCAUGCAAUUGAUGCGGGCCUCGCACGCCGCGUCAUCAGCAGCAACCCGGCGCAAAACGAGUGGCCCUCGCCUGACCUCGACCUGAGUGCAAUGAGUGCUGGGAGCAAGACAUUCAAUGGCAGUCUCGCAAGAACGGCCAAGAGCCAGGCCAGCGAAGUCGAAGGCCUCCCCAGCUCCAUGUCCUUUGCGAGCACCACGUCGGCGAUUCGUGGGUGGAACGAGGGAUCGCGAGGAGGCGCAAGGGGCGGACCACAGCUUGAACCAAGUCCCUUCUACGUCUCACCUCAUCCAACGACGGUCCAGCUGCAUCCCGAGCUGGGCGGCUUUCUGUUCCGCCACGUCCUCUACAAUGUCAAGACGCCGCUCUCGCCUUCCAGGAGUUCUGUCAAGCGACGCUAUACGGACUUUGUCAACCUGCACGGCUACCUUGUUGCCCGCUAUCCGUUCCGGCUCGUGUACCCUCUUCCCUCCAAGCGACUCUCGCUUCCUCAGCUCAAUCGCACCGACCCAAACGAGGCCCAAGACGCCUUUCUUGAGCAGCGCAGGCUCGCCCUUGCCCGUUAUGUGCGCAACCUCGUCUCCCACACGCGUCUCAAGCCAGAUGCCGUUGUCGCCAGCUUCCUGACAAAGGGCGCACAGCCGGCGAAUGCCAGAAAGAGGACAACCGCAGCCGCAUCGCAAGCAAGUUCUGCUUCAACCACUUCCGCUUCGGUCGCCAACGAGGAAGACAACGCCUGGAAGUUGCCCGCGCUCAUGGACCAGCCCCUGGAAGAAGGCCUGGACGACGGCUGGACACUGUCCGAAGCCGAGAUUCAGGGCGUGCCCAUGGAUCUGGACGAGCGAGUGUCUCGCGCCAAGGAGCUUGCUCCGACGCUCUUGGACCGCUGGAACAUGAUUGUCGCCAGCUGGGAGCGGGUGUGCCGUCGACACGAGGCGGCCGGCGCCGAAUCGACGCGGCUCUCGCUGUCCCUCUCGUCGCUGCUGGAGGUGCAGGCCAAGAUGCACCUGACGGUGCCGACCACCAAUCCUGCUCAGCACAAGCGCGCCGCGCAGCUCCGUCCGUGUGCGCAGGCUAGUGGCCUCGUACCCGGUCUGCUCGUAGACUAUGCCGAUCUGGCCCAUGCCAGGGCAAGGGCCCAGUCGCUGACGCUCGACAGCCUCAAGAACCACCGGGAUGCGAUCCUGGCCUUUUGCAAUCUCCUCAAGCGCCACGAGCGACUCGCGCGGCCCGAGGCCGUCGGCGAUGUCGAGAAGAGAAUCGCGGCCACGAGGCAGCGGUGGAAGACGGCAAAGGACGCAGUGGCGGCAGCUAGGGACCAGGCAAAGCCUGUCGCCGCGCUGGAGCAAGAGGUCAAACGGCUAGAGGGGGAAAUCGUAAAGGAUCAGGCCCUAGUUGAGAAGCUCAAGAAGCGGAACGACCGGAUCAGAGUCGCCGUUUGGGACGAGAUUCGAAGAUUUCAACGACCUCAUCAUUGACGAUUGGAUCGCGUUCGCAAAGGCCGAGGCCGGCAACCUCGCUGCGAGCCGCUCAGCCGUCGAAGACCUCAUCGCUCAGCUCC